CGGCCCCCAGUUUACGCCUGCGCGCUGCGUCCAGCCAAUCAGCGACGUGCCCAGCUGAGGCCAGACGGGCGUUUCUUCAGCGCGAAUCUCGGCUUGCCUCAGAAGCGUCGCGGCUAGCGGGUGCUUGGGGCGAGGUGUGCGGGUGGCGGAGCGGAGGGGGAAGCCGGUCGGAGAGACCGGUAACCGGUCCGGCCCUUGCGGUGUGUUUCAGUCAGGAAGCAGCUAGAUAUGGUGUCCUCCAGAAAAAAGCCUUCCAGGAAAUCUGGGAAGCCAUCCAUGGAAGAUCAGUUUACCAGAGCCUAUGACUUUGAGACUGAAGAUAAGAAAGAUCUGAGUGGUUCAGAGGAAGAUGUUAUUGAAGGGAAGACUACAGUCAUUGAGAAACGUAGGAAGAAAAGAUCUUCUACAGGAGUAGUUGAAGAUAUGGGAGGUGAAGUACAGAAUAUGCUGGAAGGAGUUGGAGUUGACAUUAACAAGGCUCUUCUUGCCAAGAGAAAGAGACUAGAAAUGUAUACCAAGGCUUCUCUCAAAACUAGCAACCAGAAAAUUGAACAUGUUUGGAAAACACAACAAGAUCAAAGGCAGAAACUUAACCAAGAAUAUUCUCAGCAGUUUCUGACUUUGUUUCAGCAGUGGGAUUUAGAUAUGCAGAAAGCUGAGGAACAAGAGGAAAAAAUACUUAAUAUGUUUCGACAGCAACAAAAGAUUCUUCAACAAUCUAGAAUUGUUCAGAGCCAGAGACUGAAAACAAUUAAACAGUUAUAUGAGCAGUUCAUAAAGAGUAUGGAAGAGUUGGAGAAGAAUCAUGAUAAUCUACUUACUGGUGCACAAAAUGAAUUUAAAAAAGAAAUGGCUAUGUUGCAGAAAAAAAUUAUGAUGGAAACUGUAAGUGAUCAUAUUAAAAUUGAAAAAAUAAAGAUUAAUAUAAGCAAUGAAAUAUUUUAUUUGCUGAAAUAGGUAUAACACUUAACUAAAAAUUAAACAAAUGUUUAAUAUCUCCUUCCAUGAAACAGCAGCAGCAAGAGAUAGCAAGUGUUCGGAAGUCUCUUCAAUCCAUGUUAUUCUGAUGACUCUUUGAAGAAAGAACUUGAACCUAAGUAAUAUGAUACAAUUAUAUUAGCUAAGAAGCAUAGUGUAAGUCUUUAGUAGCUUAAUUAUAACAUCUUUAAUAAUAAAUCUGUUUCAUUGUAAGACUUCUGUUUCUGUUAAGUCAAAUCUAAACAGUUAUGUGAGUUAGCAACUACUCCUAAAGAAUAUGUAUUGAGUUUUCAGCUCUUUAGUAAUGAUAGUGAAUUUUUCUCUCUUAACACUGUCAAUUAAAUAAAGACAAUUUAAUUUUA